AUGUUCGGCUUGAAUAUUGCCUAUGGCUGCCGAUAUUGUGGCAAUAUUGUCAGCUACAAGUCCUACAAGGUAAAUGAGACCUGCUAUGAUGUGCUUUUGACCAGGACCUUCAAUUUAAUUCAAGAGGAUAAGGUUAGAGUGACGGAUGGGGAAAAGUUCCAGAAUCUGCACUGCUCCAAGUGCCGCACGGAAUUGGGCCUCCAUUGUCUGGCGAGUGAAAAACAUGAACUACUGACGGGACUUAAGCUGCUGGAGAAGGUUCAUCUGCUGGUUUACGACUCGUACGAGGUGCCAUUCGAAACUCCGUCAACCCAUGACUGAUGAAGCGUGUAUAAAUAAAGUAUGCCAAAAACAAUUAA